CCCGCCGCCGAUCCACUAAUUAAAGAGGAACUAAGCUCCAUCCUAAUCGCGCACAGAAUCAGGACUUUUUUCUUUGAAUACCCCCCCCCAAACUUUUAGGUAAACAUGCAUCCAUCGAGUGCCUCCCUCGAGCAUUCUCGUCUCUUCCCGCACGCUGGUGCCGGAUCUCCGUCCGGACUCUUUUCGGGGGUUCUGCUGUGGUUCUAUCUUUCCUGUCGCAUGGUCCCGCAGUUGGCCGCUGACUUGCAUGGGCCUUACCAUUAAAAAAGGUCGUGACCUCCCCCUCCAUCGAGUAGGUUGCUACUUGGGAUUUUUUCGACCUCCCUGGUCAGACAGACCAGUGUAUCAACACAGUCCUCAGUCUUCUACUGUCACUUCCUACUGUCAUCAUGGCUGAUGACGAAUCGGUUCGUGACUACGGGCCGGCCGCCCCUCAUGGACCGAAUAUGGACCAUAUCGCGACCCGGGAUGUCUUCGAAAUGAACAACCUCGAAGAAUCCGCCUUCAAACGCCUCCUCCGCCCCGACGACAGCUACGACACCGACGGUACCUACUGGGGCGACAUGAGCAUGCUCCGCCGCCUCAAGUUCGUCUCGAAAGUCGACGCCGAAGAAUUCCGCCGCGAGAUCCGUGACCUCGGCCGCAUGUUCAAGAAAGACCCCCUCAGCCCCUUCGGCAUGUACCUCCGCAACGCCGUCAUCCCUGGCGCCGGCCUCGGCCUCGAAGGCUACGUCCUCUUCUCCAUCGGCAAUGUGCGCCCGCUGCUGCAGGCCGCCUUCCCCGCCUGUUGGAAGACCCACGAGGUCUGCGACAAGACCUGGGUCGAGGCCCUAGAGAAUCUGGAGAUUGUCGGGAUUAUCUUGGGACAGAUCUUGGUGGGGUUCCAGGGCGAUUGGAUCGGUCGACGGUUUGGGUUGUUGCAGGACGCGUGGAUCAUGCUCAUCGGCCUGAUCAUGCUGACCGCCGCGUGGGGCGUCACCCAGAACGGAUGGGUCAUCUGCUACGUCUGGAGUCUGUUCAUCUACUCCAUCGGCGUGGGCGGCGAGUAUCCCAUGACCGCCACCUCCGGGAUGGAGAACGCCAUCGGCGCCGGCAAGAUUUCCACCCGCGAAGACCGUCUGCAUCGCGGCCGUAAGGUCACCAGCGCGUUCCUGAUGCAGGGCUGGGGCCAAUUGUUCAAUCUCAUCAUCCUCAUGCUCUGCCUCCUGGCCUUCCACAGCGGCAGCAACCCGCCCUACGGAAAGACCUCCGCGCAGUGGACCUACCGCGUCUCAUUCGGCAUCCCUGCCGUCGGCACCCUCUGGCUGUUGUACUACCGCACAUACAAGAUGAAAGGCGCCUCCACCCAACUCAAGCUGGCGAAGAAGAAAACAUCGGUCACCGGAUACGACGUUCAGUCGCUGAAGCUCACGCUGUGGUAUUUCGGACCGCGAUUGUUCGCCACGGCGAUGGGGUGGUUCCUCAAUGAUUUUCUGUUCUAUGGCAGCAAGUUGUUUCAGAGCCAGUUCAUUGCGGUGCUGCUGCCGGGGAACAAGUCGGUGAUGGUUGGAUGGCUGUACAGCUUGAUCAACACUGGCGUGAGCUUGGUUGGUUAUUAUCUGGCGUCGUUCCUCAUCGACAAUAAGAUCUACGGAAGAAAACACAUGCAAUCCGUCGGUUUCAUCUGCGACUUCAUCCUCUUCGCCGUCCCCGCCUUCAACUUUGAUUACUACACCUCAACCGCGCACGUCCACGAAUUUCAAGCUAUGUACUUCCUCGCCUCCUUCUUCCAACAGUUCGGCCCCAACGCCGUCACCUUCCUCGUCGCCGCCGAAGUCUUCCCCACCCCCAUCCGCGCCACCGCCCACGGCUUCUCCGCCGCCUGCGGCAAACUCGGCGCCCUCGCCCCCGCCGUCCUCUACAACUACAUCGACGACCGUACCAAAUUCAAAGUCGUCCCCUGGUUCGGUCUCGCCGGCGUCCUCGUCACUGUCCUUUUCCUCCCUGACACUACCGGUCUCGACCUCAAAGAGCAAGAACGCCGCUGGCGCUUCAUCCGUGCGGGCCGCGAGCACGAGUACCACGGCACCGCGAUCCACUGGCGGCACAUCUCGUGGUGGGAGCGGUUCCGCGGCGUGCAUAAGCCGUACGACGCGGCGCUCGACUUCGCGCAGAAGCUUGAAGAGAUGCGCGCCGACUGGGAGGUGUGGCGUGCGCAUCAGGGCGCGGAGGAUGCGGUGGUGGGGGGGCUGUUGCCGUUGGAGCAUUUGGAGCAUUUGGAGGCAUUGCAGGGAGAGGGUGGAGGACAUGUGCAUGGGUAUUUUGGGAGGACGGGGGUGAAAGAGGGGGUGGAAGUGGAGAAGGAGAAGGAAAAGGAGAAGGGGGCGAGGGGCGAGGGGGAAGAGGAGUCAUGACAAAGACUGAAAAGGCUAUGAGACAUGAGGGUAAUUUUGUGGAUAUUUAGCGGUUUUUCGGCAUAAACGCGCUGUGGAAUUGCAUAGCGUGAAUA